CUACUUAUCUGGGGCUAAUUCUGUAGGGAAAAGCCAUCAAACGCUCACAUUACGCAAGCAAGUUGCUGAAGUAUUGGGUGUUGCAGAGAGAACAGUCGCGAGCGUGGUAUCAGACUGGAACAAGCAGGAUGGUACAUUUACACUACAAAAAGUUCUUGGACGACCUAAAUUUCUACCUGACAAAAAUGUUGAAAUCAUCGAUUGGCUAACCACUCAUAAUUUGUUUUUUCUAGUGAAUUAA